AUGGCUGCUCUCGAAAGUCACGAUGGUACUCUUGGGGUAGGCGCCUUAGACAAGUCUGAUCGAUAUCCCGUUCGACGUGCUUCUACAAUUCCCACAGUGGAAGCAUGUCACUUUCAACGGAUGCCAACCGAACUGUUAUGCAACAUAUUUUCGUUCUGCACCAAAAGAUUCCUUCUAGAGUCGGUUUCAAAAACAUGUAAGCGAUUUCGAGAAGUCUGUGUCGCUUUAUAUCUGGAGGAAAUGAAUGUUGGACAAUUCUUCGAUUUUAAGAUGCGGGAGAGGUUUUCAGAACAUCUGCUUGCGGUGAGACAUAUUGAGGUUCACGCUCCGGGGGAUAAAAAUGAAGACGAAGAUACCGACCGUUGUCACUCCAUGGGUCCCGAACUAAUGGAAAGAUCCCUUGGAAAUCUCAUUGAUGGAAUUACAGCAGGAGCUUUCUCUGUUCUUAAAUCCUUUCGCAUGGCAUACUAUGAUUGUCACUCGGAUAAAUAUAUCGAAGUAAUGAACGCACUUUCGAAAAACCAACCGGCUACGCUUCGAAAGGUUGCAAUAGAGGUUUUAAACAAUUCUGAACUACCAAAUACAGCAGCAUCUACCGGUGAGAUGUCUAUAAACUAUCCUCGGGACUUGGAGUGUAUCAGAUUCGAUCUACACGAAUAUGAGAGAUUCCGACCCCCUCGAUUGGAUCCGUUUGAAAUUCUAAUUUAUUCCUAUGAUACUUUGAAAGUAUUGGAGCUGAAGAUAUACGGUUGGGAUGGUAAAUAUAGCGAGGCGGUGGUUUUUCCGAACCUCAAGAUACUCAAGUUCUCACAAAUGUCUGAAGAAGAUCAUAAGUAUUACCCAAUCGCUUGCUAUUUGAGUAGAAGUUUUCCAGGUGUCGAAGAGUUAUGGCUGGAUAGUACAGAGGUCUCUGGCGAACCUUCUUUGCAUUCUAUGAGAUGGAAAUCACAGGCUUGGGUGCUGAACAGAUUCAUGAAAUGGAGUCGGAUGAUAAAGGUGAAGAGGGUUGAGUUACAAUACCUGGGGCACGAUGAUCUCCCAAAUGGCUUAAUAUUUGCCUUCCAUCAGCGCUUUGCCGUCGCGAUAGUUGAAGAGUUGAUAAGGGUAUGGACUCUCUAUGGCAUGGAUGCAUUGGAAACCGUCCAUUGUACGCGAGAUGAGGUCAGCAAAGAUCUGAAUCACAAUGUCGACUGUACCUUCGAGAUUAGUAGAGCGGUUGCAAAUAUGCCUACAUCGACGACGGAGAGGAGAAUAAAUGCAGAGACGUUACGCGUCAAGUUGGUGGAAAAGAGUUUUUGA